AUGUGGCUAAGUAUGUCUACUAAUAACAGCGCUGCGGAGUCGACGACCAUGUGUGUGUGUGUGUGUGAUCAUAACCCGGAAGAGAUGUGCACGGCGCAUCACAUCAUUAUACAGCGAUCUGCUCGGGAGACCCUUAAGAUGGUCCGAACACUAGGACUUACCUCCACAAGCGACUUACUGGUACAAGAAAUGGGAGAUGCGCCACCCACGAGCCCGGCUCGGGUCCCGAGGGAGACGCCCGCGAUGUCACGGCUCGUGAUUUUAUCCGCAAUCUUAUUUGUAAUCAUUAACGGCUUCGAAUAUAAACAGGCGGUUAAUAUUAAACGAGCCCUACACGACACACGACACACGACACACGAGGAAUGUGAGACGCUCUAUUACACUCGGGAAUAUGGAGUUAAACCAGAAUAG